GCGAUGAAGACGAACGCGAAGUACGGCGAUGAGUCGGUGUACUUCGAUCUGUCCGACGUCGAGGCGACGACGGGGUCGUGGGACGUCUACGGCGUCGACGCGUCGAGCCGAUACCCGGAUCAACAGGCGGCGUUUUUCGAAUACGCGGCGCAAGGCUUGGGCCGACGCGAGGCCGUGUACUCGCUCUUGGCCGUUUCCGCGGGUUUGUUGACCGUCGGGUACGGCGUGAAGGGGGCGAAGGACGCCAAGCUUCCGAUCACGGUCGGCCCGCAG